AUGAACCAAAGGCAGAUUUUGGCGAACCUACUUAGGAACUGCUCGAAGAGCAAGUUACUCGAUAAGGGGUUGCAGGCUCACGCGGCGUUGAUGAAAAUGGGACUUGGGUCUGACUUAAUGCUGAGCAAUGAUCUCAUAGAUAUGUACGGAAAAUGUUGUAGAACAGGGUUGGCCUAUGAAGUGUUUGAGAGAAUGCCUGAAAGAAAUGAAGUUUCUUGGACGUCUCUAAUGUGUGUCUACUUACAAAAUGGAAAUGCUCAGAGAUGUUUAUCUAUUUUUGGUCAAAUGCUGGGAGUUUCAGACUCUAAGCCAAACGAGUUCACUUUCUCGACGAGUCUAAAGGCGUCUGGGAUUUUGGGUAUUGCUGAGUAUGGUAUGCAGAUUCAUGAGUUGUGUGUUAAAUCUGGUUUUGAAUGGGUCAUUGUGGUGGGCAAUUCUAUAAUGGACAUGUAUGCUAAAUGUGGAAGAAUUAAAGACGCAGCUAAGAUGUUCGACAAAAUGCCACUUCGAAAUCUUGUAACUUGGAAUGCAAUGAUCAGUGGCUACACACUUGAAGGAAAUGGAGAAAAAGCUUUGAUUUUGUUUCGUGAAAUGCAAGAAAGAGAAGUUCCAGAUGAACACACCUAUACGAGUACACUUAAGGCUUGUAGUGGUCUUGGGGCAAUUCAGCAAGGAAAUCAAAUACAUGCUAGCUUAAUCACAAGAGGCUUCCCAUGUCAAAUCCAGGCCACCAUUGCAGGUGCUCUAGUUGAUCUGUAUGUCAAAUGCAGACAACUAUUCGAAGCUCGGAAAGUAUUCGAACAAAUUAAAGAGAAAAACAUUAUAUCUUGGAGUUCACUGAUUCUAGGCUAUGCUCAAGAAGGAAAUGUACAAGAGGCAAUGGACUUGUUCAGGCAGCUAAGAGGAAGCAUAUACCAUCAAAUAGAUGGGUUUGUUCUCUCAAGUCUUAUGGGAGUUUUUGCUGAUUUUGCACUUGUAGAGCAAGGCAAGCAAAUCCAUGCUCUUGCAACUAAAAUCCCAUCUGGUUUAGAUGUAUCAGUAGCCAAUUCGAUUAUCGACAUGUAUCUCAAGUGUGGAUCUGUAGAGGAAUCCGAAAGACUGUUCAAUGAAAUGCUAACCAAAAAUGUUGUUUCAUGGACAGUUAUGAUCACAGGCUUUGGAAAGCAUGGUCUUGGAAUGGAAGCAAUAAGUCUGUUCAAAAAAAUGCAACUCGAAAAUGUACAGCCUGAUGGGGUAGCUUACUUGGCUGUGCUCUCAGCCUGCAGCCACUCUGGACUUGUCGAAGAAGGCCAAGAAUUAUUUUCAAGAAUGCGUCGUGACAGACGAGUUAAACCAAAAGUAGAGCAUUAUGCUUGCAUAGUUGAUCUCCUUGGCCGAGCUGGACGAUUAAAAGAAGCCAAGAAUCUUAUCGAGAACAUGCCUCUGAAACCAAACACAGGGAUAUGGCAAACAUUACUUAGCACUUGCAGAGUUCAUGGAGAUGUGGAAAUAGGUAGAGAGGUGGGUGAGAUACUAAUGAGAUUAGAUGGAGAUAACACAGUCAACUAUGUUAUGUUAUCAAACAUCUUAGCCGAUGCAAGCUGCUGGAAAGAAUGUGAGAGAUUAAGACAAGUGGUGAAGAUGAAGGGCUUGAAGAAAGAGGCAGGGCGUAGUUGGGUGGAGAUCGACAAAGAAGUCCACUUUUUCUACAAUGGAGAUGAUUCUCACCCACUUAUAGAACAGAUUCAUGAAGCUUUGAAGGAAAUGGAGAAGAGAAUGAAAGCUGAAAUGGGAUACAUCCCUGGGUUGAGGUUUGCAUUGCAUGAUGUAGAAGACGAGUCCAAGGAAGAGAGCUUACGCGUACACAGCGAGAAGCUGGCAAUCGGGUUAGCAUUGGUUCGCGGUGGGCUCGAGGAGGAGGAGGAGAAGAAGACGAUUCGAAUUUUCAAGAACUUGAGAGUGUGUGGAGAUUGUCAUAUGUUCAUUAAGGGCUUGUCAAAGGUUUUGAAGGUGGUGUUUUUGGUGAGAGAUGCAAAUAGGUUUCACAAGUUUGAAGAUGGCAUAUGCUCUUGUAGAGAUUAUUGGUGAAAAUAACAUACUGCAAAACACCAUAUAUACAUAUGGAAUUUUUUUCAUAUGUUUUUUGGUAUUCCAUUUUACAUGUCUGCAUAUUUACAUAUAUGGUAGGUUUUAUUACCAAUCCUACAGGCAAUGCCAUUAAAUCUGCUAGUGAAUAUGCAUUUUUGGGGUGACCCUCCAUUGAAUAAUCUCCAUUCCUUUUUAAUCACCUUCUUUAAGAAGUUACUAUGGUCA